CUAAAGUACCAUUAAAAAUGUUUUGAUUGAAUAAACUAAUAAUCUGAUAUACACAUAUAGAAUAGUAUAUAUUUUAAUAGCGAGAAUAUUUUAAUUAAAAAAAAAUUAUUGACAAAUAGAAAUAGUAUAAUAUUGAUUUGGCUAUGUGUGUCUCACAGGGUUUGUUAUUUCAUGCAUUCCGAAUUAUAUUGUAAUAAAAUUAGAAUGUUGGACCACAAGGGACCGAUCACUGUUAGUUGCAUUGGCUGCUACUAGAGUUCCCUGAAAGACCACGUACGUGACUACAUACUGCGCAUGCGCUUCUUCGAGUGGCGCCUACAAGCAACAUAAGUGGGAGAAUAGUAGCGCUUCGCUUUUCCAUCCUCACAAUCAGUUGCAAGCAAAUGGCGUCGUACAGGUGGAGAUCGUUGCGUCAAACUUCCAAAAUCAUGAAUGAACACUAAGUUUUAUGAUGAAUUUGAACUAAAGUAAAGAGGACUUCAAUCGCGUGUACGAGUAACGUAUCGCGAUAAAAAUCUUGUCUGAACAAUGAAUGAAGUGAGUGGGGGGAAACAAGAAAUGGCAAGUACCUCAGCUUGGGAAACAUUGUCAGGACAAUCUGUUCCAUCACUUCCCGCUAUGCACCAUCAUCAUCAGUCUCUUCAGCAGGAAUCAAACCCUCCAGUUACGCAAGUGAUAGUUCCUACACCAGUGAAGCUGCAAGCACCCGUACUACCACCUCCACAAAAUGUCGUGGACCAUUGUACACAGCUUGCUCAUAUUCAACAGCCAUCCUUACUUCCUCAGGUCCCAAACCCUGGAGGUUUCGCAGAACCUGAACUUUCACCAGAAUUACAGCAACAAGGUUGGAAAAAAUUUUGGAGUAAGCGGGAGAAUAGGCCUUAUUUCUGGAAUAAAUUGACUGGAGAAUCUUUGUGGGUUGUACCUUCUCUAAAACCACAGUUUGAUCCCAUUACGGAUCCACUUGGUAUUUGCGGCGUAGUACCUAUCCCGGGGAAUGGACCUAUACCUCCAGGUACGCCUGGAGGUACGUUAAAACGUCGCGCAUCCGAGGACGGAAAUACAGUUCCACCAGCUAAAAAAUUUGUACUAGCGGGGCCGUGGGAUUUGGAGAUACCAACAAAUGUAAUUAUCUACGAAAGAGCGCCGUCGAAUUUACCUCACGUCCACCCUGAAGCAGAGGCUCUAAGAUGCGGUCUACUUGCCAAGUUACGACAAUGCUACCAAGAACUAUGCCAUACUCGAGAGUCGAUUGAUGCUCCAAAGGAUUCGUUCAAUCGUUGGCUAAUGGAACGCAAAGUAAUAGACUGCGGUUCCGAUCCGCUCCUUCCAAGCCAAUGCUUCCCAGAGAUCUCCAUGUCCAUGUAUCGGGAGAUUAUGAACGAUAUUCCCAUAAAGCUGGUCAGACCAAAAUUUACGGGCGAUGCCAGGAAGCAGCUCUCGCGCUACGCCGAGGCAGCUAAAAAGAUGAUUGAAUCUCGUGCAGCUUCUUCUGAGAGCAGAAAAGUCGUCAAGUGGAAUGCAGAAGACACAUUUCAGUGGCUGAGGCGGACAGUGGGUGCAACAUUUGACGACUUUCAGGAUAGAUUGGCUCAUCUGAAACGACAGUGUCAGCCUCAUCUUACAGAAACUGUUAAAGUUAGCGUAGAGGGUAUCUGCCUUAAGAUCUACCACCUUUCUACAGAAUACGCGAAGAAGGUGAAAGAUAAAAAUAAUCAGAUCCUCAAGGAUAAUGGACUGGGGGAUGUCAUACCAUUGGGAGGUCCUGCCAGUACUCAACGUAAAGUAUGGUGCUAUCCUGUGCAGUUCUCUUUACCAGGACCUCGACUUCCUCAGAUUGACUAUCUCCCUGAAAGGGAGCAGACUAUGCUGCGCUUCCACGGCGACGCAAUGUGCAUCAAUAAUGUUCACCUGACAAAGCUGGAACACCUCUACAGGUACAACUGUUUUGAUGACAAGAAAUUCGAAAUGUUCCUGCCACGAGUUUGGUGUAUGCUCAAGCGUUAUCAGACCUAUCUCGGUAUAAACGAAGGUCAAGCAACUCAAAUGGCACUACCUGUAACCGUCUUCGAAUGUCUUCAACGAUCAUUCGGCGUGACCUUCGAAUGCUUUGCCUCGCCCCUCAAUUGCUACUUCCGGCAGUACUGCUCAGCAUUUGCUGAUACGGAUUCUUAUUUCGGAUCACGUGGACCCUUUCUUGACUUCAGGCCGGUUAGUGGAUCCUUUCAAGCUAAUCCGCCUUACUGUGAGGAAUUAAUGGAAGCAAUGGUGAAUCAUUUUGAGAGACUUCUUUCUGAUUCUGCGGAACCCCUUUCCUUCGUCGUCUUUCUCCCGGAAUGGAGAGAUCCAGCACCUAAUGCCUUAAUCAAGCUAGAAGGCAGUCACUUCAAACGCAAACAAGUAGUAGUACCUGCGAUGGAGCACGAGUACAGACAUGGCUUCCAGCACGUCUUACCAAAAGGUGAAGUAAACAUACGUGCUGCUCAUGGAACUUUAGUCGUCUGGUUACAAAAUGCAGCUGGUACAGCUCGGUGGGGACCUACCGAGGAACGGGUCGAAGCACUACUGGAGGCUUGGCGACCUGGAAGAGAACGAGAGCGAGACAGGCAAGAACUCUUGUCUCCGCCGAGGCAAACACAUCAACCAAUACCGGCUACUCCGAUUCAGGUACCGUCUGCACCGCCGACAACACCCACUGGUGCACCCCUCGUACCUUCUACAUCUCCUGUUUCGAGUAACUCAACUUUAUCCACGCUUUCGACACUUUCUUCCCAUCCGAUGUAGGUACGACGACUAAGGGAGGAAAAAGAUUAUAUGAACGAGAAUAAUACGUAUGGUACAUAGAGAAUCCUCUAGUACAUUGCCAAGAGGAAGGUUUAAUACUACUUGUUAUUGUAACGAGAGUCGCGAAACAAAUAUGUAUCUAUUAUAUAGGUAUCAAAAGAAGUACGUUGUGUUUAGUCUGUAUCCUUCGAAGAGUCCGAUGUUGUGUGACAGAGUGUUUAUUGUUGCCGAUCAUUACGUCGGCCUUUUCUAAGCACGUGGACUAUCCCCAUAGUGGAUAUUCUUGCCAUGCAAGCUGAACAUAUGAAAUUAGCACGAAAAUUUUCGGGACAAAAAAUUAAAUAAAAGUAGCACAUAGACAAAUCGGAAGAGGAUAAGUUUAAAAAAGAUUAGAAUAUGUUUAGAAACUAAAAGAAAUAUCUUACAGAUACUAGAAUUCAUUUAAAUCGGUCGCUUCGUUAUUCUAAUUCAUUUCUUCUUUUUGUUUUGCUCUUCCAAUUUUUUUAUGGCCGCAUUUGAAAUUGAUCAUUGUUCAGUACAUAAUUUGCUUAUGUAACAUUUUUUGAAUUUUUUUUCUGUUUAUGUAUUACAUGCACGUAUGCAUACUAUGAAAUGAAGCUGACUACGCGAUCAGAUAAAUUUGAUUGAACUUCCAAAAAAUUAGUUUAGAGUAGUGUUACUAUUAACUCAUUUCAUUGAAAAGGAAAGAACAGAGGAGCAAAGCGCACAAUCGCCAUGAAAAGAUAUUUGAGACGUAAAUUUUAUAGAAUAUUGCUCAAGCAGAGAGAUAUUGUUUUACACGAUGACACGCACCCGAAUAAUCAUUAUUAUCAUUGAUAAAGAAGGAUCCCAUACGGGAAAAAGUUUUUUUUCUUUUCGUGUCAAGCAUAUCUACCGAGGGGUACUGCAAUGUAUCUUCUACUAUAAAGGAAAAGAAAUGGCACUGUAAAAAUAAAAGCAUAUCAAUUAAGUGAACGCGGAAUACAUUAGCCUCCUUACUUCCAAAAGAUAUGAUAGUGAGUCAAAAUCAUCCAAAUAGUCUUAAAGAUUCGUUUUUUCGCUUUAUUCGAAAUAAUAACGAUUCAUGCGCAUUAGAACUUGAGGCAAAUUAGUGGAUUUACAUUGACUGUUUCUUUUCCCUAUAUUUUUUUCUGUAUUGGAAAUACAAUGCUUUGUUUUUUUUUGUAUUCCCAGUAAAUUAAUACAUGCUUAAUGCUUUGUUCUUUUUGCGUUGCUGGUAAGUCGAUUUCUUUGAAUGUUUAACUCCAUAGAGCUCGGAUUAACUUGUACGUCUCAUAGAUUUUGUACAUUUUUAUUGGUAGUGUACUCUGUAUAUAGAUAUACAUAUAUGAUAUAUAUCUUUCUAGCGAUCCCAAGUUUAACAAUAUAUUUAUGCUUAUACGAUCGGUAGCGAGUAAGACAAUACGUGAAAUGUAAUUUUAGGUUCUAAUUGUAAGUGUAACAGCGUUAGUUGUUUUGUAUGAUGAGAAUGUUUCACGCGCAUUUGAUGGUGGAGUUUAGCAUGAGCAAGAGUUUGACUUGAGCUCCGAUCGUGACUUCUUGUUUGGUAGAUAUCAUAUUGGUGCGAUUUAAUUAUAAUCGAGACGAGAUUAUUUAUCCCUUGGAAUUAAAUGAUACAUCCUCGGGCACCCUCGAGCGAAAUAAAAAUAGAAGCUCAUCCGAGAAAUGCUAUGGAACUUCGUUUAAUUUCAGCGGAAAAUCUUGAGUGCAUAUUACACUGUAAACAACGAGGAAAAUGAUUACCCAGACGGCUAUGCAAAUGCCGGAUGUCCUAGAGUAUAUAAAAUACGUUACGUUGAGAAUUACGUUGUGCAAUGUUUUUAAUAUUUUAAUUCGAGAAAUGAACGACGUGAGCUACGAAUUGUAAAAAUCGUAGCCAUUACGGUGACUCAUAGAGUCCUAUUGUCUUUCAAUUCCUAAUACGUAAACAAUAAUGUAAUGGCACUUUCGUCGAAUGGUGUAUCAAAAAAAAAGUGCCUCAGCCGAUGUUCGCGGGUAAGACAUUUUUCUCGUCGAUCACCAUUUUUAACCUUUGUCAAAGAUUUAUACUUCUACAAGAUCUGGAUAUUCAUUUUUAUGAAAAUUUUAAGUUUUUCUCACUCUCAGCAGCUGUACAAACGCUAAGUGUAUACAUGAGAAAAUUGUUGUUGA